CCUAAAAUUUGUGAUCCGUGGUCUGCACUAACCAAACGUCAGUUUCUUGUCAACCGUAAUGGCGUGCGUGUGUGUGUAGAGUUUUGAUUUCAACUUAGAGAAUCGUAUUUUUUUUGUAGACCGUAUUAUGUGUAAAUUCGGGCAUCUUUAAAUUAAUUCUUUAAGAGCUUCCCGGCUUCUUCCACAUAUCAGCCCGUUUCUUCCUCUACUACGAUUUACACAAACAAAGAAUUAACGAUGACGUAAAUAGAAUAAAUCAGGUACAAAACGGUUAAUUUAAAUUGCAUCACGUGCAACUGGUUCUGUUUUGGCUGAAUGCUCGGAUCAUCAUGACAUCAUUUAUGUCUAAGAAGAAGAAGUACAAGUUUCAAGUGGAAAUAUGCCUAGAAGAGUUAUUGGAAGUGCCUUUUGUGUCUGCCGUGCUUUUCGCCAAGAUGAGGUUAUUGGAUGGGGGAAAUUUUCAGGAUAAUAGUAGCAGACAAGAAGUAAGAGAUCAUAUGGUUCACUGGGACGCAAAAUUUUCUUUUCCUUGCAAAAUGAUGGCGAAUGCCUCUACAGGAGUUAUGGAGAAAUGCAUUCUAAGAAUUUCAAUUAGGAAGGAAUGCAAGGGAGGGCGAAGUUUUACCAAGCUAGGAUUUGUGGACUUAAAUCUCGCGGAAUACGCUGGAGCAGGAUUAAUACAUAAAAAAGCUUUAUUGGAAGGAUACGAUAUGAGGCAUAGGCAAGACAAUAGUAUGCUCAAGUUCAGAAUUCAGCUCAAUAUGAUCGCUGGCGAUAUUUUGUUUAAAGCGCCUUCUCCAUCCCUGAAACACAAGUCAAUACCAAAAGAAGAUACAGCGACAGAUCAAAGAUCGGACGAAUUUUCCAGCGGUUCUUUGGCUGGCUCUAUCAACAGUGGUAGCUCAGGUUUCGGCAGCUUGCCUAAGAAGAGAACACCGUUACCCGCAGAACUUGUUAUUGGUCAAACUCUAAGUGAAUCCAACCACCUUGCCCCUAUAGCAGUUCCCUUUGAGGCGCAAUUAAACGAUCAUUGCCUGGACCAAACUAGCGAACAUAUUAACUCGGUGUCUGUGCAAGAACCCGGACACAGCCGGAACUCUUCAAAUACCAGUCAAAUGUCGAAGGCGUCCGGUUAUAGCAGCAUAUCUCAUAGCCGGCAUAGUAGUAGCGGAGACUCGACUGCAGGACAUAUCAGGAACGCAUUGCAGCACGAAUCGCUUCGCAGGCCCGUAUCCAAAUUCCAACGCACUUAUACCUUCCCUAAGCACCGCCUAAAUAUACCCACCACUAUUCCAUCCGAAUCCCCUGGCCCCCAAAAUGGUGAGUUAAACGAUUCGGAGGUGUUCCACACCCCUCAGAGCAGUAUUAGUACCCUAUCACAUACAAACGGUGAGACUGAGACAUUUUAUACUCCUCAAAGUGAGUUUAUCACGCCAAAAAAGUACGUUAACAACAAAACUAGUGAGCUGGCUCCGUCGUUAAAGUAUCAAAAGCAAAAAAGUGUUCAGAGCUCCGCUAGCGAGGAUUACAAAACGCCCGAUGAUUAUUUCGGUUCUAAUGUUUUCGAUAAAAACUUCAAUGCACUACAAAAAAGUGCUUCUAGUAGCGUCGUUGAAACCAUUCGCAACAAUCAAUCAAAUGAAAAUAAUUUCUUACGCGGCAAAAACGACAAUUUUAAUGAAGUGGACGGUUUCGUUAAACCGAGUCUGAUUUUUAGACAUUCUGAAAAUUGUAACAACAACAAUUAUAACCUUAAGCCGCCGCAAGAGGGCGUGCUUCGCUCCAAAAGUGACUUUAUAAUUCCCAAAAAGUCGCCGGAGCCACGACGAAACGAUCGCACUUGGUCCAAAAUCGCGGCUUUUCUUACACCGCGCAUGCACCGUAAAGAUAUUUUGGCUCAGUCCACCCCUGUCCGCGGCCCCGAUUCGGGCUUGAUCCCUCCCUUUUCCGAUCCAUUGUCCACGAAGGAUACCAGGGCCGUAUCGAUGGGAAAUUUGAAAUUGGGCAACGACGGGCAAUUGGCUGUUUACUGUGCAAUUGGAAGCAGGCUUCACCGCAAGAUGCUAUUAGAAGGUGUUUCGAUAACAAAGCUACCAACCUGUGAUAGUCCGCCGGAAGAUCACACAGAGGAGGAAAACUAUUUUCCUGAAAUCGAACACAGGAGAUCAAGCACCACCAUAUAUGUAAACCCGAGCUCUGGUAGUCUGCAGACGAACAGCGAUACCGGUUCGUUAGAUAGAGCCAAAGCAGCGUACGAGAGGCGAAAAAAGAACCCGAUAGCGCAGGACGACACUGGCGUGUCCGGACGAGUGGAGACCACCAGGGUUAAUCCGGAAGAAUGUAUAGCAGACUUGCUGAAAAACACUAAUCUGGGGCAGGCGGAUGAUUCUGCUGAAACCUCCGGCCUACAACUAUUUAUAGCCAAAGACGGUACUGCUUCACUAGGUAGCCACGAAGUAAAAUCCCAAAUGUCUACCGGGAUUCCAAUGUUCAAACAAGUGGUAAUGGACGAUAGGUAGUCUUAAAUCUCUAGUAGUAUCUGUGAGUUUUAAUAGUAAGGCAGCAGCCUAAAAUGUUUGUAGGGCAUUUGAGGAAGUAGGGACCGAUUAAUAUGAUGUUAGUAUUAUGAUUCAAGCAAUCAAUCAAAUUUGAAAAUCCCCAGAAGCGCGCCUAAUACACUGAUAUUAAACUAAAUUAAGAUUUUUUUCCCAAUCGGCAUCAUCAUAGAGAUCAAACCACAGAGAUCUGAUAAAUGGGGUAAUAAACGUGUGCAAAAUGUAAGAUAAAAUAGAAAUAACAUAAAGAAAAACAAUUUACAAAAUAAAACAAUAAUAGCUACCAGACGUUCAACUUUUGUAUACUGAUAAAUUAAAUUUUAACAUAAAUUUAUAUAUAAAUUAUAUAUGACUGGAGUAUUUAUGUCAACUUAUUGCGAAAUAGAAAUUUUACGUUCAUCAUGCAUUUGGUGGUUCAUCGCGUUAAAGCCCUACUAUUUAAUAAUUUUUAUUUUUAACGUGAUGAACAAACUUAGCUCAGAUUGCUCGUUUUAAGAUAUUUUUUACUUUAAAAUAUACACAACGGCUUUCUAAAUAUUCAACAUAUAAAACGUUUCCUUUAAAGACUAUUAUAAUAAUUAAACUAAUAAUCAAUGAAUAAAUUUAAAAUAAAAUUAUUCAAAUAUAGUAAUAUCUAUAUUGUCGCUUUUCGUCAGAAAUCGAAAAAUUCGCAGACGGCCAUCUAUCUGUUUGACUAAGGAGAAUUAACAUUUUAUUAUCAAGCAAUUUUCUUAAUUUUCCUGAGGGAAGAGCUUCGGUCGGGGACGCCCUCGCAUUAGCCAUACUGUCCAUCCAAACCCGAUCCUACAGUAAAAUAAUCCAUCUUCCAAAAGAAAAUGAAGUUAAGAGCGAAAUAGCACGAGCACAACGGAAAACACCGACGAAGUUAAUGCGACACCACAUUUUGUUUUAAACUGCCUUAAACCUAAUUUCACUCGACCUUAUAAUGAUCUUUGAAUACCUCUUUCCUUAAAAACCCUGGUCAAAAACAUUUUAUUGUUUGCGAUUUUUAGAUAUGGUGUAUUAAAAAGAUUGAUUUUCAAAAAAAUUUGUUAUUUAAAACUUUGUCUCUGAAAUAUCUUUAAAAAUAAUUUCAAUGCCAUAUUCGUAUCGACUUGAAAUUGAGAGGUAUCCUCAACUAUAGUCUUAAAUGGAACACCUUCAAUUACAUUAUUAUCAAAUAUCAUAAAACCAGUACAAGAUAGUAUUUAUAAUAUGAUCAUGAACGAGUUUAUGUAGUAUUAUAAGAAGCAUGAUAUAUUGUUGCCAAUUAUUGUGAUAUAAACAUUAUUGUUAAGUAUUUUUUAUGCUAGGGCAGCUGAACGACUAACCUGGUCUGCAUUUAUAGUAAAAUUGCCCACAAAAUCAAACAUGUACUUUAUUAAGUUUUAUUUAUAAAAUUUGAAAAAGUACAAAAUCAUAAUUAUGUUUUUGAGAGUUUUUCUCCCAGUGAUUCGUUUUUUAUUAAUUAUAUAAUACAGACCAGAAAAGAACAUCACCGUUCAUACAAGACAAUAUUAUUUAUUUAUAAAUUAUUUUAUUAGUUUAGGAAUUUGCGAUAAUUUAUUUAACAUAUAUUAUACCAGUUAGGGUGAAAAACGGAAGAAAUAAUAAAAGUUUUUUGUUUAA